AUGACUGAUGAAAUAAAUAUAGUUACUGCUUCAUUAGAACAAUUAAGAGAUGUUUUAUGUAAUAAAUCUGGAGAUGCUAAAUUAUCAAAUAGAUUCAGAGCUUUAUUUAACUUAAAAUCCAUUGGUGCUGAAUCAGAAGAUGAAGAACAAGCACACAAGGCUAUCAAAUAUAUUGCAGAAUGUUUUCAAGAUGAUUCAGAAUUAUUAAAACAUGAAGUUGCUUAUGUAUUAGGACAAACUAAAGAUUUAUAUGCUGCACCAUAUUUAAGAGAUUGUUUAACAAAUAAAAAUCAACAAGUCAUGGUUAGACAUGAAGCUGCUGAAGCAUUAGGAGCCUUAGGAGAUAAGGAAAGUUUAAAAUUGUUGGAAGAUUAUUUUAAAAAUGAUCCAUCUAUUGAAAUAAGACAAACUUGUGAAUUAGCUAUCGAAAGAAUAAAAUGGGAACAAUCAGAUUUAUCAAAAACUGAAAUUUUAGAAAAAUCAUUAUAUACUUCAAUAGAUCCUGCUCCUCCAUUAGCUACAGAUCAAGCACCAUCAAAGAUUGAAAAAUUACAAGAAAUUUUAAAUGAUCAAAAUAAACCAUUAUUUGAAAGAUAUAGAGCCAUGUUUAGAUUAAGAGAUAUUGGUACUGAUGAAGCAUGUUUAGCAUUAGCUAGUGGGUUUGAUGAUCCAAGUGCUUUAUUUAAACAUGAAAUUGCUUAUGUUUUUGGUCAAAUGUCAAAUCCAGUAACUGUACCUUCAUUAAUUAAAGUUUUAAAAGAUGAAAGAGAAGCAGGUAUGGUAAGACAUGAAGCUGCUGAAGCUUUAGGAUCAAUUGCAACUGAUGAAGUAUUACCUAUAUUGAAAUCAUUUUUGAAUGAUGAUGUUCAAGUUGUUAGAGAAUCUGCAAUUGUUGCAUUAGAUAUGUAUGAAUAUGAAAAUUCAAAUGAAUUAGAAUACGCCACGGUAAAAUAG